AUUCUUCUUCUUCUUAUGAAUGCGUUUAAAUCUUCCUUAUUUUCAUGUGUGAAACGGUAGUCAAGAGAGAGAGAGAGAAAAAAAAAAAACUCGCAUGCUUCUCUAGGUAGGGUUAUGAUUAGCUAUGAUAAUGCAUCCUGGUUGACACUUUCUUUAAUAAGCCAUCUUCCAUUAAUAACCCCCACCCCCUUCGUUUGGUUUAGUUUCCUUUGCGUGCCCAUCAUCACCCUCUCCACUCUUCACUACCCUCAAAACCCUUUUCCCUUUCCUCCUCACCAUUACUUCUCAUGUGGCCACCGUGGCUUAACUCACCCAGCCGGUUCCGCAACACUCCACCGCCGUCACCAUCCCCGUCGCAUUCUCGAACUCGCUCCUUCAGCUUCUCCUGUUCCUCCUUCAAAGACAUCCAGAGCCUCCUCCAAGAAAAACCCGAACCGGCCGCUCCGAAAUCUCCGUCUCUCUUCCGCCGCGUCCGGAUCUCCACCGCCGUGCUCCGCGCCUGGGGCGCCUCACGCGCCGCCGCCCCCGCCGCACUCCCGCCCGGCCUCGACCAGGGUGUCGUCGUCUACUUCACCUCCCUCCGCGUCGUCCGCCGCACCUUCGACGACUGCCGCGCCGUCCGAUCCAUCCUCCGCGGCCUCCGCGUUGCCGUCGACGAGCGCGACGUCUCCAUCGACGACCGCUUCCGCGACGAGCUCCACGCCGUCCUCGGCUGCCGCGGCAACCUCGCCCUGCCGCGUGUCUUCGUCGGCGGCGUCUACGUCGGCGGCGCCGACGACGUCCGCCAGCUCCACGAGAGCGGCGAGCUCCACCGCCUCAUCGAACGCCUCCCGCGCUCCAACCUGAACGCCUGCGACUCCUGCGGAGGCUUCCGAUUCGUUGUGUGCGAUGAGUGCAAUGGAAGCCACAAAGUGUUCGCUGAGAAAAACGGAUUCCUAUGCUGUUCUUCUUGCAAUGCCAACGGCUUGAUUCGGUGCCCCGCAUGCUUCUUCGUGCUCCCGCGCCACACCAGAUAGCUACCUACCCCUCAGUUAGUAACAGCUCACAGACAACUCACGGAUGAAAUUUAAUUAAUCAUAUUUAUGUUGAUAAAUAAACACUUUCUCACUUUCAUUUCGUUUAUGUUACUACAUUACAUAUAUUAAUUAAUAAUUAAUCGUGUAGUAUCUGGAGAAUCUCACUGUAUGGAUAGUAUCUUAUUAUUAUUAUAUGUUGUUAGGACUUAGGAGCUAGGUUUUGAUUAAUUGUUGUAAUGUAAUGGCACUUCAACAUUAAUGAUUUUCACAUGGAGUAAGCCAUGUACUGACAGCACACAAUGAUCUUUGUGAGAGGUUACUUUGGCAAGGGCACGAAAUUUGAAAUUAUUUUGUCUGGUGGGUGUUGCUGCCAAAUUUUCUUCAAAGGGGUCGAAACUGUUCCCACCGUUUUCUGAUUCAAGUUUUGUUCCUGCUCAUACACAAGCACAAUAAUCAUUGGGGCAGAUCGUGGAAACCGUGUGUGUUGGACCUCGUUUUGGGUCUGGUCCAUUUUGUAUUUCCCUGCUUUUCUGGAGUGUUGAUUUGAUUGCUUGGCCCACUUAUUUUAUAGCGCAAA